AUGCCACUAUUUGAUACAGUGAAAAAUUUUGUUCAAACGCCUACUGAAUCUAAAGUGAAACAAGCUACAGAUGACAACGAAACUACAGGUGCUACAGGUACUUUGAUGAAUGAAAUAUCUGUCCUAACAUAUAGUCCCAAGACUUUAAAAGAUAUCAUUCAAGUCAUUAAGAAAAGAUUAUCAUCUGCUACAUCUUCUAAUAAGAAAUUGAGCCAUAAGACCUCUGUUUAUAUUAUUAAGACAUUGACUCUAAUAUCUUACUUGAUUAACAAUGGAUCAAAUGAAUUUAUUGAAUGGUUAAGAUUGAAUUUUUAUCUAGUUGAAAACAUUACUAAGAAAUGCAAUUUCCAACUUCAAGAUAACAGUGCUGAUAGUAAAAUGAUUGGACAAAUCAAAGUUAUAGCAGAGGAUAUGACUAACUUAAUUAAUAAUGAAAACUUAUUAGAACAACGAAGGAAGGAUGUCAUUCAAUUUAGAUCAAGUAUUUCUUCUCCAGGAAGAAAGUCUACUGAUAAUAGUCAUUUGAGAAACUCAUUUACUAAAUCAGAUGUAAUGAUGGUAAAUAGAUCAAGUUCAAACUCAGAAAGAUACUUUAUACGAAGAGAUAACAACGAUAAUGGUAAUGGUAAUACAUCUUCAAUUGCAUAUAGACAAAGUAGUAGUGGUAACUCGAAUAGUAUAGAUUUAAAAAGAAGACCAUUAAAAAAUACCAGUGAUUUUUUAAGAACUUCAUCUUCUAGGUUUAGAUUGGAUCCAUUAGAAGAAGAAGAAUCCAACUUGGUGGAUACUUCUAUUGAUAAUACUAAUGACACUUAUAUUUCUGAGGAUAAUUCAUACAGUCAUUAUUUGAAUGAAACAUCAAAUACUUUAUUAGAAACAGAUAAUAUGGACAAUUCGAAAAAAAAGUUUUCUUUAACUAAUCCCUUCCGCUAA